GAAACUUUUGAAAUACUAACAAAUUGAAAUACAUAUUCUGUAAACCUGUGCCUACAACAUAGACCGAGAGGAUUAGGUCUAAUUGAUGAUCUAACUUUUAUAAAAGUUUUGGAAACUAGUCGGCGUAAUUAAUGUUUGCAAUAGUGGCUGUGGAGCUAUGGCUGGUUGGUCUACAUGCUAGACUUACCACCCCUUGGUAAUGGGUUCGAAAUCUGAUCCACCUACUGAAGUUUAAAUUGUCAGGUGUGUGGCUCAUUAGUUUUAAUCUUCAGAAAGUUUGUAUCAUUUCAUAUUGUCACUGCCAAUGUUAGCACGCUGUUGCAAAGAAGUAUGGAACUAAUUUUUUUGAUGACUCAUUUUCGAGCUCUCGUUUCGAUAAAGGAAACUAACUUUUUUGAACUUCAGAGAUACAUGGAGGGGAUAACAAGAUUGUCAGAUAACUGAUUGUUGAAGUAACAGAAGUUGACACGAGAGUGCAUGCAUCAAUAAGCUUCAUAGUCAUAUAUUCACCAUAUUCUACUAAAGUGUUACCGAAGUGUUUAGUGGAUUUAGUCCCAUCUGAAAAACUUGGGCGGUUCAUCUACUCAUCUUGCGAUACACAUUACCUGAAAAUGUAAGAUGUGCAUAAUCAAGGAUUAAUAUUAAAUGCCGGGGGAAUAUCAAAGGUUCCAAUGCCACAACCACUGUUUGUUCGUCGAUAAAGUAGUUACAGGAGUGUUAUGUUAUUAUUUAAACCAGAUAUUGGUAGUUCAUCAAAUUGUUGCUGAUUCGGGAUGUGCCUCAACAUAAUCUGAAAACCGUGUUUCAUCUUAUGGCACCCUCAAAGACUGUCUCAAGUUUAUCGGAAAAUGGUGUUUCCAUUAGAUCCAAACCAUUGUGUAGUGAUACUGAUAAUCAAACAUUUAAGGCCAUCGGACGUCCUUAUAUUAAGUGAGGUUUUAUCCACCCUACUGUGAACCCCACAUUUAGUGGUCAGAUCACCGGAGGUCACACAAAUCAAUGCGUAUUACUCUGUCGUUUGAUGAACAACUAUGAAUCUCGUUUGUCAUUAAAUGCCAACAUUCGAUUGUGCUUAAAAUAUUUUGUAACAUUUGAAAUUCUCUUUUUCGAUUUCAGGCUAAAACCAAAACGGGUGGAGUAUUUUUCUUAUAUAAACGGUCUAAAGUUCCGUUUUUUGCUUUCAUGAUUCUCAAUCGUAAAAGUCCGACGGCGAACCAAAUGGAGUUGGUGACUUCAAGUUUACAGCUUCAGCUACACACUCCAUUCCUUUUGUACAAAACAGUAACAGGCAAAAUCUAUUCAAUCUGGUUUUACUCUGCUAAGGACUGUGAGCGCAUCGCGGAGAAAUUAGGCAAACUUGUUUUUGAUGCUGGUGGUUUGGGAUUAAGAGUAGCACAACCUGAUCGAUCCAAAAGUAAAACACAAUCAAAUUCUUCCAAUCCUGUUGCAGAUUCUGUGGUUAAUACUCGAGAAUCUCCUGAAACAGUCACAAAAGGAUUAAAUCAGUUAAUGGAUUUUGUUCGUGCAUCAAAUGAAAGUAACAAGACAAACCCAUUACAACCAUCAAAACUUCACGAUAAUAACAAUUCAAAUGUUCAUAAUCAUUCAGAAGGACCGAGUAUAUUUGAUAUGUUGCACAAAGCUGAAGCUGACUUCAAUUCAGGGGCUAGUGGCAAUCGAACAGCAUCUCAGACGGAAUUAACUGUUGACGAUGAACUGCAACGUUUCCGUACAGCUUGUAAUCUACCUGUUACAAAUGGAAAUAAUUCAUGUAAUGAGUAUUCUAAGCCAGUAGCUAAUGGCGUUUCAAGUAAUAAGAAAAAUAAACCAGGAACUGGUUCAUCUCAUCCUGUCAAUCAUAUUUCUGUUGUUGAGCUUGAAGAGAAAUUACUUCAGGAGCAUAUAUCUGCUCCUAAAAGUGUCAAUCAACUGAUUUCACUAUCAAAGCUUUCUAAUGAAUUAAAAGCAGCAACACUAACAGACGAUAGUUCUACAGAUGAUCAGGGUUUAUCACAUGCAUCGGCUUCAGAAUCUCCUGCGCAUCGUCAUCAAGCACGUAGAGACGGUCACUUGGAUCGAAAUCGUCGCUUACUCAGUGAUGAUGCUGGUUAUAUCGAUGAUAUGGAAAGUGAGAGUAAUCAAGAUCGUAAUUUGCCAAAGUCCUAUGGUGUAGGACUACGUAAACAACGACGACAUUUACGUCAUCAACAAGAUAAUUUAUCUGAUGAAAUGAUUUCACCAUCUAAUAGUCGGUUAACCAGUCGUAAUAAGUCUACAGAUAACAAAUCAAUAUGUGAUACGAUUAUAGGAGAGGAAAUACUUGUUACGCCUGAUAUGUUAACUAAUCAUCCAUCAUCUAUUUUAUCGGCAUUCGAUCGUGAACUGAAACGUGAUAAGCAUGCACUUGGUAGUAGUGGUUCAUUCCAAGAAAAUAAAACUCCCACCAUAUCCACAGAGAGAGCACUUUCCAGUGAAUGUCUGACAAAAGAUCAAUUAAAAGAGACCCUGAUCCAUCUUUUGCAAACGGAUGACGAUUUUGUCCACCGCAUCCAUACCGGUUAUGUUAGCGUAUUAGAGAGAAGAUUAUCCAGAAAUUAGCACAUGCAAUACAACAACACAUCCUUUUGCUUCUUUUUUCUUUUAACGUAUCUUUACGUUGUCUUUUUUGCAUUAACCUUAGUAGUGUCAGUUUGAUAAAACUAAAACUCGAAGAGAUGUGUCGGUGGUAAUUGUAGAGUUGUAUUAGUAGUAGUAGUAGUUACCUUUCUCGUUGUUGUUCUCUCUCGUUUUUGCCAUCGAUCUGGUAAAUUCUCAUGGAACUAAAGAAAAUAACAUGUUUUUCGUGUGUGUGUAGCUGUUAUUUCCAUAUUUAUCAUCAUAGAUAAUGGACAGUUAUAUGAAUAUUUGUUUUUUUCUCUUGGUCUGUCACAAUAUCCUAUCUGUAUUCUGCAUUCACAACUAACUGACUUCCAAGCAUUUAUUAUUUAGUCAUUUUUUGUAAGUUUCAGUAGACAUUUUUAUCAUCAUUCUUGUUGUUAUUUAUUAUUACCAUUAGAGGAUAUGUACAUUAUAGCAUCAUUAUUACUAUUAUUACUAUUCUUGUUGUUGUUGUUGUUGUUAUACGUGUACACAUGUAUUUGGAGUUGAUUAACAUUCCCUUGUUAUUGUUAUCCUGUGAAUGAUAACUACACAUGAUCCAGUUAGUCGGUUGUUGUACAUUUCGCUUCCUGUUUCCGGUAAUUGGAUAUUCUAUUACAUUUUAUGGGUUUUUUUGCGGGAUACCUGUUGAGGCGGUGUACCGUAUCAUUGUCGUCAUUAUCAUAAUGAGAUAUAAAAUUGUUGGUUUGAAGGUAAAGUGUUCAUUUUCAACCGUUUUCCUGAGUAUUUCUUUGUUUUUUGCAUUGUUGACCUCUCUCUCUCUCUCUCUUGGUCUGUCUCUGUCCCCCCUCCCCUACUUCAUCAGGAUAAAAUAACAAAUGUAGACAUGACAGAUUUUAACCACUUGCAUGUGUGUUAAAUUAAAUCGUGUUGAAUUAAUUGUGCGUAUAUAUUAUAUAUAUAUAACUAGCUAGCAUUAUCAAAUACCAUUAAAUGUAAUAAUCUGCUCAAAUUUUUUCACUGACAUUGAUUUUUUUCUCUCUCUCUUCCAUUUAGUUCAUUUUUCUGAAAAUAAAGCUGGCAAAUCAAUGAUUUUUCUUAAAAAGAAAUUUUCUAUUGGACUAGAAACUUCAAAAGUACAAUACUGUUAGCCUGGUAAACCGAAAACUAGGCUGUAUCCUUUCACCUAUGCAUUUCCGAGAAAAUUAGCUCUCAGGAUAGAGGCCUUGAAAGCUGAAAAGAACACUUCGAGGAACUAUUUAACUUGCCUACAGCCACACUGUACCUCUCCGCCAACCAGCACACACCCGAAUAGGAUAUAGACACUGGUCCGCCGUCUGUAAGUGAGGUCACAAAAGCUAACUGUAAUUUGAAACGAGGCAAAACGGCGGGACCCGACGAAAUUAUUCCGGAAGUGUUUAAAUAUGGGGGUGACAUACUAGUAUGUGGAUUAACUAAGGUACUAGGCAACGUCUUGGAAUCGGAGACGGUUCCAUCAGACUGGGGUAAGUCACUUAUUAUACCGAUACUCAAGAAGGGAAACAAGUCCUCAUGUAAUAAUCAUAGGGACAUCAGCCUAACGAGCAUAGUUUCUAAAAUCCUAGGCUUAGUAAUCAUGCACAGACUAAGCAGAACUCGGGAGGAACAAACGAGGGAAAAUCAAGCAGGCUUUAGACCAGAUAGAGGGUGCAUAGAUCAUAUCUUCACUCUCCGACAGAUUCUAGAAUACUUUUCGGCGUCCAACGAUUGCCAUAUUUCUUGAUUUGAAGGCGGCCUUUGACUCCGUAGAUCGAAAGGUACUAUGGCAAUGUCUGACUGUGAAGGGAGUGCCAAGAAAGUACAUUGCACUAAUCUAUUCAAACUCACGUAGCCGUGUAAGGGCUUAUGGGGAAUUGUCAUCUGAAUUGAUAACAACCAGUGGUGUCCGACAGGGAUGUCCACUUUCCCCAUUUCUGUUUAACUUCAUCAUAGAUAUGCUAAUGGAAGUAUCCUUAACUGAACGUAAUGACUCAGGAAUCGACUUGUUACCAGGGAAUAGUCUUAUGAACUUAGAAUAUGCAGAUGACAUAGUCCUGUUAGAGGAGGAUGCUGACAAAAUGCAGAGUCUUCUGAACACCUUGAGCAGCAAUCUUCGUAUGUUUGGCAUGCGAUUCGCCCCUCUAAAAUGUAAGAUGCCGCUACAGGACUAGACUACGUCAACUUCUAGCUUAGUGAUAGGGGGUGAAGUGAUAGAACAUGUUGACCACUUCACCUAUUCGGGAUGUUGUAUCUGCACCAACGAACUGAUUGGCGACGAAAUCUCAGCACGGAUCCGAAAAGCUCGAGCUGCUUUCGCUGACUUACACCAUCUCUGGCAUAGGCGUGACAUCCGGCUAUCAACCAGGGCACGUGUGUACUGCUCAGCAGUUCG